CUUCUGUCAAAGGCGGGUGUAGGCGCGUGCGCAGUGUUGUCUCGCUCCUUCAUUCUCUCCCCGCCAAGCUACUUUUUUUUUGCAAUCAGUCCGUCCACUUUACCAGCAAAAUGUACGCUUGUGUCCGGCUUAUGUCCAACCCAUCCUUGGUGAGGAAUGGAGCUUGCCUCCUCUGCAGACCCCUCUCCGCCACCCUGAUGAACCAGUCUGUAGUCAAGACAGAGCAGCAGAUGGCACUAGUUCCAGCUCGGGGAAUUCAGAGCAGCGCCGUGUGCCGGGACAUUGAUACUGCUGCAAAAUUCAUUGGUGCUGGAGCUGCCACUGUAGGAGUGGCUGGAUCUGGUGCUGGUAUUGGUACAGUGUUUGGCAGCCUCAUUAUUGGAUAUGCCAGGAACCCAUCUCUUAAGCAGCAGCUGUUCUCAUACGCCAUCUUGGGCUUUGCUCUCUCUGAAGCUAUGGGACUUUUCUGUCUCAUGGUUGCUUUCCUCAUCCUGUUCGCCAUGUGAAGAAUCUCCUGUCUGCAGAUUCCUGUAUGUCAACGUGUCUUGUGGCUCUGUUUGUAGGGGUGGUUCCCUUGCCACAUGAUUUGCCAGUGAAUUCUGGGAAAUAAAUAAAUAAAUUAAAAACUUA